AUGCACUGUCUUCACAACACUCUAUUCACCCAUGCCCAAUCCCUUCCUGUUCCUUGUGAUGAUUGGUUCCUGCAGUCGCCCAAAGAGGUGGUCGGUUUUGAUCGGCCUGUAGUGGCCAUUGCAGCUGCUGCGUUCCAUUCAGCUGCCAUAGAUGAGGCCGGCCAAAUGUACCUGUGGGGCGGCAAUGCCGCCCGCCAGCUUGGACUCGGCUCACGCGGCCCAUCCAAGGUGCAUUCGCCCCGUGUGCCAGAGGCGCUGGUAGGAGUGAGCAUUCAACACAUGGCACUUGGGGGCCAACACACCCUCGCUGUCACAGCCGACGGGCAGCUGCUCUCAUGGGGAAAGGGUCUGUUGGGUCACGGUCCUCUGCCGCUCUUCUCCCGCCUCUCCAGGAAAUCCAGUGAGUCCAUCCCGCGACUCGUUAAGGCCACGGCAAAUACCAAGGUCGUUCACGUGGCAGCAGGCCUGAUGCACUCGGCAUGUGUUGAUGACAGUGGCCGCCUGUUCAUGUUUGGGGGAAACAGAUUCUCUCAGCUGGGGCUGGGGGAUGAGAAGGAUCGGGAGGAACCGGUGGAGCUGACAUCUCUUCAGCAUGCUGUAACCGAUGUGGCAUGUGGUGGUUACCACACCGCUGCUGUCACAGGGGCUGGGCACCUAUUCACGUGGGGAGCGAACGAGUAUGGCUGCCUUGGCCACGGCCCCCGUCAUGCACCCUCGUCAGCAGUCCCAGUGAGGGUGGCAGGCAGGUUGGCAGGGAAGCAGGUGCUGCAGGUGUCGUGUGGGUGGAAGCACACCGCAGCUCUAGCUAGUGGUGCUGAUGAGGGGGAAGGGCAAUCAUUGCGGGCGGCAACGGUCGGCAAGCUGUUCACAUGGGGUUGGGGCGGUUCCCAAGGAUCACACGCUGUGGAAUCAAGGUCCACAGGAGGCCAAUUGGUAUGUGGUGGUAGUGGAAUAUUGGACGUGGUGCAAUUCGGUUCUGUGGAUGUGGCCAUGUGCUCUUGA